AUGAUGCUGUCGUCGGCGUACUCCACGCCGGCCGCCGACGAGUUGGGAGGGCCGCCCCCGCUGCCGCCGCCGCCGGGCGCGGACGUGUCCGUCAUCGUGGGCGCGCUCACCGGCGUCCUCCUGGGUCUCUUCCUCUUCCUCAUCUACGCCAAGCACUGCAGGCAACGCGGCCGCGGCGGCGCCCGCGGCGCGGCCGGCGGCCUGGGCCUCGGGUUCCGGGCGUCGUCGACGUGCGACCGGUGCCGCUCCGGCGUCAGCCUCUCGGUCGUCGACGCGCUCCCGGUGGUCAGGUUCGGGGACAUGGGCGGGGCCGCGGCGGCCGCGCAGCCGGAGUGCGCGGUGUGCCUGGGCACGUUCGACCCGGCGGCCGACGAGCUGCUCCGCGUGCUGCCCAAGUGCCGCCACGCGUUCCACGCGGACUGCGUCGACACGUGGCUGGAGGCGCACUCGACGUGCCCGGUCUGCCGCCGCCGCGUCGGCAAGGAGGACGCGUUCGCCGUCAUCCCCGAGCUGGAGGCCGCCGACGCGGACUGGUAUCCGGCCCGCGAGGCGGAGAUGCAGAUCGUGGUGCGCCGGCCGGCGUGACGUCAUGAACAACCGAGGGAGCGGCAAUCGACGGAUGCAUUUUCCGGGUCACCAUGCAUGAGAGAUCGCACGGCGCGGCAAGGAGGACGCCCUCGCCGUGAUCAUCGAGCCGGACGCCGGUGAUGCUGAGCUGCAGAUCGUGGUGCACCGACCGGCGUGACUGGCCGAGGGACGGUGGUUUGCUACAGACGGUUUGGCAGCCGUCACGGCGCGGUCUAGCUGACGGCCGUCAUUCGUUCGUGAUCUUGCUUCGUCGCUCGCUCGGAAUGUCGCCGGCCGGCCUUUUGGUAGCGUCGAGACGUGGCUGGAGGGCGUGCACCGUCCGCAUGUAAAGUGUACAACACGUGCGUAUAGUUUUGGAGUUGUCACGUGACAUAUAGGAACCCCUUAAAAAUAUCCACGUAGUUUUUUUACAUCGUUGUGCACGUAGGUUAGUAACAAGAACUGGUG